UGGGAUUUCCCAACGUUCUACCGGUCAUUAUUUCUUGAUAGAGGACCUCUGAAAAAAAUAAUGACCGCUGUCAAUGGCAACGGGUUUUGUGCUUCUAAUUCACGUCUUUCAUAUCACUCCGCAAGUAGUCCGGUCACUUAUCCUAACGGAAAAAAAAACAGCGACGAGCUUUCAGCGACACCCUGUGGUCGGAAAAAUGAGCGACUUUAAAGUUCAUUUUAAUGUUUACGGCGAGUACGGGGAUUUUGAGCACUGGUUGGAGGCCGAAUUUCCCAAUUCGCCGUCUCCAAAACGUAAAAGGAAAAACCCAAGAUGAACAGGAGGAGAAGACCAGUAAGAGACAUAAACAGCUAACAGCUAACGAGAUUGAUGUAAUAGAGGAAAAUCGACACGAGAAAAAUACAAAGAAUAACACUGUCUGGGCUAUGAAAGUCUUCCGAGAUUGGGUAAAAGAGACCCAAAAUACGCCGUUUGCGGAAGAUGCACAAGGGUUGAACACUUUACUCAGGUCGUUUUACCCAUCUGUGCGCAACAGCGCUGGAGAUGUGUACUCUGUGGCAAGCUACGCAGCUCUGCGUAGCGGAAUAAGCCGCUAUUACAGCCAGCAUAACAUCUACAAGAACCCGCUGUUCAAUUCCAGCAACAAUGUGUAUAAGUCGGUCUUGAAGGCACAUCGGAAAAGUGGCAAAGACACCAGCCAGCACCAUCCGCCCAUCUCCAACGCUGAUCUGAAGAAAAUUAAAGAUUCAGGGGUCCUCGCUACCAGCACAGCCAUCGGCCUGGUCAGAAAGGUGUGGUUCGACGUGCAGUUACACCUUGCACGUAGAGGAAGGGAGGGUAACCGUGACCUGACUCGGGAGUCUUUUAAAUUGAAAAAAGAUGAAAAUGGCAAAGAAUUCAUCACUCUAUCACAUAACGCUGAAACGAAAAACCAUAAAGACCCCAGGGAUCCGAUGCAACAAAUGUAUCGCGGGUGCAUUUUUGCUGAACCACAAAACCCAAACUGCCCAGUUGCCAGCUUUAAAACCUAUCUCUCUCAUUGCCCACCGGAUACCACUGCUUUCUACCUGCACCCUCUCAGAAAAGCACAGGUUGACCUCAACCACCAGGACAUCUGGUAUUCCAGGGAGCCCAUGGGGCAUAAUGCACUGGGACAAAUGAUGCCAAAUAUCAGCCAGGCAGCUGCACUUACGACACGCUACACCAACCAUAGUCUGCGCAGUACAGCUGUACAGCUACUGUCACAAGCCGGCCUGCAAACCAGGGAGAUAAUGACUGUCACUGGACACAGGUGUGAAACAAGUCUGAAGAGCUACUGGGCUCCCACAACAUCCGACCGGGAGAAGUGGAGCCAGAUCCUCUCUGAUACGCCAUCCACUAGCUCUGCCUCUGCGAGAGAAGUUGGGGGAAUCGCUCGUGAGGUUAACGGGACUCCGACGUUCAACCUACCCAGAGAUGCACCUCCAUUCAUGCUCUCCAACUGCACCUUCAACGGAAACGUCCAGUUCAACAUGAAUAAGUAGCCUUGCUGCUACUGGCCUAGUA